AUGAUGGAUUGGUGCAACUUUCCCAGGCUGCCCAAAGCCCAAAAAGCUGACUGUUCCUUUAAACCUUCUGAGUAAGAUUUGUGGUCAAAAUACUAAACAAAAAUAUCACUGCCAAAUUGUUUUAUCAGAGCUACAAAUGUAAAUGUAAGUGAUGUUUCUUUUAAAGCAAAACCAAAUGAACCCCACUCCAAGUGAAUGAGAGUGAACAUCUUUUACUGAAGUGUGCCAAAGCAGUCGGCCACGCAUGAGUGUAGAGGAAGGAAAGUCCUCUUCCUUUGCAGAUGGUGCUGUUUAACGCGCUGCGGAACUUGGAGAUUCCCUUGCGACAUAUGUGGGAGAAAUAAACAACAAAGCGUGCUGGACAGGGGCUGAACCUUCCACACUGCAUGUGAUUUAAGGGAGGAAGCAACAGAGCACUUUCACAGUAACACAACUUGGAAAAAUGAAUCUGAGUGGUACACCGAAGGCUUACAAAGCUGGACAGCUAAAGCCUCAGAUGUCCAGCAAUGAAAUGUUAUCAAGCAGGACAAUGGAGUUUGAUCUCCGCAAACAUUACUAUGCGAUGAGUAUGUCAAUGCCCCCCGCGGUGGUGGAGCAGAUUGCAUACUCCCUCUACAGUGCCCGGAUUCUCAGCCAAUAUGAACUUAAUGUCAUUAUUUCUAAGACUGAGGUGCUCUCCAAGGCAUCCGAGCUGCUCUCUGUUGUCAUCCGGAAAGGGUCAAAAGCCUGUGGCAUCUUUCUCCAGGUUCUUAAAACGUGUGACCCACAUCUCAGUGAACAACUAGUCAGAGAACAAGCAGUUAAUUCUACUAACAAAAUUCCAAUGAGUUCAUUACUGAAGCCACCUUCUUAUGCAGUGCAGUCGCCAGUGAUAUGCAAGAUAUGCAUUUGCAACUCAAAUCUGAACAACUGCACUUUUGGCUCAGGCAACAGUAUGUCCAUCAUAACAACCGCACCAUUAUCCAACACCGAGGAGCCUGUCACAAGUAUAAAUCAAGAAUGUGGAAAUGUCAUCGGUGCAACAUCUACAUCCUGCUUGUCCAGCAUUUCAAACAGCACAGAUGUAUAUAGUAUGGAAACCUUCCAAGCUGACAUCGAAAUUGUCAGAUCUAAACUAACGAAUAUUACUGUUGGAGAAAGCAAUGUGUUCAGAGUUGUGGAAGAAUUCAGCAAUAAAGAUGAUAACGAGAAGGAGCUGGAAGAAGAGUUAGAAGGAAAUGACUACAACGAACAGUCAGCAAAGGUGUCGGUAGCCAAAACAUGUGUAUAAUUUUAAAUACAGCAUGUAGAUUACUAUACAGAUGAACUUCAGUGGGGGAGUGAAAUAUUAAACAUGGACUGUGUGAAUGCCAUCCGGUAGUUAUAACAGCAGAAAGCACCCAGCAGGGUCUAGACUUCAGUUGUUCAACCUUCAUGGUUAAAUCACCUUAUUAUAAACCACUCUGGCAAAAACUGAUUUUCUGUUAUUCCUUAAGAUCCCAAUUUCUCAGUGUUACUUGAUUUAUUAGCUUCACAGGGAAUAUCAAAGUGGCACAACUGAGGUUCAAAUCAGAUACAUUGAUCUCUUUCAAUAGCACAAUUCCCUAGCCCAGAGGACAGAAGUAUGUUCAACACUAAAGUUGAUAGGACACUAAGGAGGACAGAGUAGGAAGAUAGACUUGAAACAGGAGAUCAACAAUCAUUUUUAAAAAAUGACUUGAAAAUCUGUUCCUACAUUGAUUUCAUAUUUUAAGUAUCAUCUGCUCAUUGUAUUAGUUUUGUAUAUCUAACCACUUCAAAACGGGGGUUGCCCUGUUCAGUAUUUAUUUAUUUAUCUAUCUGUACAUCCACUAUCAGGAUGUGACCAUUGUGAUAAGGUAGUACAUGUCCAUCACUAAUUGCUUCUUGAUCAAGCUCCCUUAGUGGACUGAAAGGAGUUAAAGGUUGUCCAGGAGACCAAGUUUGGAGCAGUAAAAAAUUCUCUGUGCAUUCUGGAUGGGAAGAAGUCAUUAAGGCAGAUAAAGGCUAAGAAAUUUCUCACCCCAUAGCAUGCAAUGCUCAAAAUCUUGGCCCAUAUUCAGCAUGUUGCCUCUACAGCUGAAUUGACACCUUUAACAACAGCCAACAUCCCUCCAAGCUCCCAGCUUCCCAGUAUCUCACCACAUAUUACCGUUCUUUGCAGCAUCUCACUUCUCAGUUUUCAUUCAGCCACCCAUUAAUAACUUCUCUGUUCACUGCCAGCCACAUGGCCAAUUUCAGAUGAGGUUAUGACUCACCAAAAUGGGGCAUCAUUGCACUGGAGUCAGAAGAGACCACAAAGUUAUGGAAUCAGAGGAAGGCAGCAUUUGUGGCAGGAAAGGGACAGCUGAUGUUUCAGACUGAGAUGCUCAAUGUACUUAAUUGUUCAUUUAGGGUUCCCAGCUUGAGAAAGCCCAGAUCAAAAGCUGAUUCAUCACUGAAACAGGAUAUAGGUGCAGCCCUGAUCGACCACAUUUACUCUUCACUGGCACCAUUGCAUUCUCAGCCUUGUAGAAAAGUAUCUGUAUGUAAACUCAGUGUGAGAUGGGAGUACUGAGAACAGGGGUGGUGGGGUGGGGUGGGGGGAGGUUCAGUUUGUUAUCCGUUAUACCGGCGAGUGAUUUCACUUGAUUGUCAUAUACAGUAAAUAUAUGUACAAAGCACCACCAACCUGCAAAAUAAAAGU